UAUGAAUAGGGGUUGCUUGCUUUACUUGAUGUCAUAAGACUCCACUCUUCUUGCUGUUCGUCGUGGAUCAGGAAGAUGACUGAAUCUAGAAUGCGAGAGUUGGACUAGAGAUAAUUGAGUUUACUUCCAUAUUAUUUUAGUUCAAUGGAUUAGGUAUUGCUUGGCUAGGCACAGUGUAAUAGUGUGUAUUAAAAUUUCCAAAGUCGUAUGAGUGGGGUGGUUGAAAUUCCAAAAAGUAUUUUAUUCCGGAUCUGGGAAGUGGUGGUAGGUCGCCGGAAAAUCUAUGGAGUUAUAAAAUUGAGGUAAAAAAGACCCAUCUGGUCAAUCAAUUUAGCUUGGAUUAUGGACAGUUGCAGUUGUGUUGUUCAAGCAAAGCGUAAUUAAAUUGACUAGACAGAUAUUUUAGGGUUUGCAUUGCUGAAAUUUGGUAGAGAACCAUGUGCAGGUCUCUCUUGGAGUGAGAAAAGAAAUUAGAAAAGGGUUUUUAAAUCUUUCUUCUUUGAUGGUGAAAACCAAAGAAUGAAGAGAACCUAUUAUAUUCUCCACUAAAGAGUUUUCAGAAUCUAAUUUAAUUUUUUUUUCAGCUGAAACUUAUAUAGCUCCCAUUUUCAGCGUCACUGUGUUUCUCCACAUCAUUCUGAUUUCAUCCAAUUGAAUCUCCUACUCUGUAACCAGAAAUGACAAAAGAUCAGCUAUCCACCAUCUUUAGUUUCCGUUGCUUUUGUUACAUCCUCUUUUUCCUCUCCUCCAUCCCUUCUAUCUCAUUUCUCUUUUGGUCUCAUUGCUCACCAUCUUGCCAUCUCCAAAGCCUCUUUAUGCCAUUAGAGAAAAAAGUUCCCAUAGAUCUCUUACAUUUUCCUGCUGCUUGGAACCAUCUGUCCUUUUCUUCAAACCCACCUCUGAAGCUCCUCAAAAUUGCUGUCUUUGUCAAGAAAUGGCCGCACAAGAAUCUUGCGGGAGGGCUUGAACGGCAUGCCUUAACGCUUCACCUUGCCCUUGCAAAAAGAGGCCAUGAAUUGCACAUCUUCACCACAUCCUCCUCAAAUUCCUCUUUCCCUAGAUAUCCACAAUCCAACAUGAAUUUCCACCUAUCUAAACCAACAGCCGCAGGUUACCUUGAUCAGGCCCUAAUUUGGAAGCAAUUUAUUACCCAAAACAAUUCUGGAAAACCCUUUGAUGUGGUUCACACUGAAAGUGUGGGGCUAAUGCACACGCGAGCUCGGAAUAUCCCUAACCUUGCCGUUUCCUGGCAUGGGAUUGCUUAUGAAACCAUACAUUCUGACAUCAUCCAGGAACUUGCAAGGAAUCCUGAAGAGCCCCAGGCACAUGCACUAACUGCAAGAGCCAUUAAGGUUGUGGAAGAGGUGAAGUUCUUUCCACGUUAUUCUCAUCAUGUUGCUACUAGUGAUCAUGCAGGAGAUAUUCUGAAAAGGAUUUACAUGAUCCCUGAAGAACGCGUUCAUGUUAUUCUUAAUGGUGUAGAUGAGGAAAUCUUCAAGCCAGACGCUGCAAGUGGGAAAGAUUUUAGGCGGAAGAUCGGCAUUCAAGAUUCAGGAGCUUUGGUUUUGGGGAUGGCAGGGAGGUUAGUGAAGGAUAAAGGAUAUCCAAUAAUGUUUGAAGCUCUGAAGAAGAUGUUCAUGGAAGACGAGACCUUGCGGAGGAGAAUCUUUGUUCUGGUCGCCGGACAUGGGCCCUGGGGUGAUAGAUACAGAGACCUUGGGCCCAAUGUUCUGGUUUUGGGUUCACUGGAACAAAAGCAACUGGCAAGGUUUUAUAAUGCAUUGGACAUCUUUGUGAACCCAACCCUUCGAGCUCAAGGGUUGGAUCACACCUUGUUAGAAGCUAUGCUUUCUGGUAAACCGGUAAUGGCGACUAGACUUGCCAGCAUAACAGAGUCUGUGAUUGUUAGCUCAGAGUUGGGUUAUACAUUUUCACCAAGUGUAACUUCGUUGAGAAAGGCUCUUUAUAUGGUUUUGGGAGAUGGAAGAGGAAGUCUGGUGAAGAAGGGUGAGGUGGCUAGACAGAGAGGAUUGAAGUUGUUUGCUGCUAGUAAGAUGGCAGCUGCUUAUGAAAGACUCUUCUUAUGCAUAUCUAGCGAAAAGAAAGAAAGCGUUGAUGAGCGUGACUAUUGCAGUUUCCCUCUUCCAAAUGAUCGAGAAUAGCCAACUAAUCCUUAACAACCCAAUUCAGGUGUUAGUGCUGCAAUAAUAAAUGGCCUUUUUCUCUAGUGUCACCACCACUAGAACUUUUGGGAGUCAGGUUAUUGUAUAAAAUCCAGGGGAUUGCAAAGAUUCGUUCAUCGCUAUUAUGGAUUCCAAAGAUUUGUUCUCUGUUGCGAAUUGUAAAUAUUUGUUCAUUGCUAUUUUAUUGGAGAGAUGGAAGUUCCAAUGAAUCAUAUUAUGCUUGUGGGGUUGCUUCUUGUUUUGGGUCUCACUGGCAUUGAAAAGGUCCAUGGGGCUGGAGAAUGUGAAUUCUCUUGUUGAGAGUGAGGCUUUGAAGUUUGAUCCGUGUGUAAUGGCCCCUCAAGAUGCCAAAGCUGCAGUCUCUGACAAAUGCUGCCUUCAGAUCAAGCAAAUUGGGAAGAACCCCUGAUACCUCUCUGCUGUUAUGCUUUCUCAGACUGCCAAGAGUUCUGGAGUGAGGCCAGCAGUUGCCGUGACCAUCCCGAAGCAUUGCAACCUUGCUGAUCGUCCUGUUGGUUACAAGUUCUGAGGAUUCGAGUUGCCCAAAGAUACUUUUGUAUGGAGUGAACACAAUGCUACUCACUGUUAGAAUAAAUAAUGGAUGCAAUGGUAAAUUUUUCCCAAUAAUCUUUUUCCUUGCUGCUGGUUUUGCAGCUUACACAUUGCCUUGACAAGAGGUGGAAAGAAGUGAACACAUGCUAAUCACUGUUGGUGGCUAAUGGUGUGGUGGUGAUUAUUGUUGUUGUAACAGGUCUAUCUAGCCAAUAAAAACUAGCAGUGGUUUGGUUUUAGAUGUAAUGUGAGAAUCACUGAUUAAAAACUGUUUGGUUGGUGUUUGCCACAUCACAUUUGCUCAAUCUUGUUCUGUUCUUAAAGAAACCUGCUAAGAGAUACUCCCAGAAGGAACAACAAAUUUCACGGGGAAAAGAAAAAGAAACAUCGUUCAAAAGUUCUUAGUUCUGUCAAAGAUGAAUCAAGUAUUAAUAAAAUACUAGAUCAAAAAUAUAGUUCUAAUAUCUCACACAUGAAGUCGUUGUAGUAUAGUGCUAAGUAUUCCCGCCUGUCACGCUGGUGACCCGGGUUCGAUCCCCGGCAACGGCGUUUUUUUAAAUUUUUUUCUAAUGUGGUUCUGAAAUUGCGAAACGGCAACAGACAGAAUCGAAGUUGUUCCCUUGUAAGGCUGUAAUGGGUCUUCACUUUGCUUUUGGUUCUUAGAUAAAUUUAUGUAGUGAUUACUUCCUUUAUUUGAUGUCAUAUGACUUCACUCUUGAUGUUCUUGUUGUUCGCCGUGGAUCAGGAAGAAGACUGAAUCUAGAAUGCGAAAGUUGGACUACAGGUUUCACCGGCAUUGAAAAAGUCCAUGGGUCUAGAUAAUGUGGGAAUACUCCUGUUAAGAGUGAGGCUUUGAAGCUUGAUCUGUGUAAUGGCCGCUCAAGAUGCCGAAGUUGCAGUAUCUGACCCUGCCUUCAGAUCAAGCAAAUUGGGAAGAACCCCAGUUGCCUCUGUUGUUAUGCUUUCUAGACAGCCAAAAGGUAAAGAGCUUUUUCAUCAUCAAAUUUUUAUUUUUUUUUCUCACCCCCAUUUAACAGGAUUCUUGUUGCUCAAGGACAGAUUUGUAGGGAGUGAACACAAUCCUUUUCUGUGGGAAUGAACUGGUUUUGACGGAUGCAUUGGUACAUCUUUCCUGACAAUCUUCUUCUUUGUUGCUGGUUUGCAGCUUACACAUUGCCUCGACACAAGAGUGGAAAAAUAAGUGAACACCUUGCUACUCCUUGUUAGUAGCUACUAGUGUGGUGGUGAGUAUUGUUAUUGUAGCCUUAUCCCAACUUAAUGAGAUUGGU